UUCAGUCGGUCCUCGUUUGUAGACCAAUAGUGGUGACCACACAUAAGAUCACACUGCACGGCGAACCUUUUUUGUUUUUUUGAAAAGUUGCUCGCUCCUCAGCAGCACGCCACCACCAGCCAAAAAUCUCUCCAAGAUACUUCCCUUCCUCCCUCCUCUUCCCUCUCUUGCAUGGCGAUCAACACCGCCGCCAAGCCCAAAUCCCACAAUGCCGGAUGCGGCGGCGGCGCCGUCACCGACGGAGACACCAACUCCUCCCCAAGUCCCCCUCCCUCCCCUCCACCGCCUCCUCCUCCUUCCCGUCACUUCGGCCGCCGCCGGAGCCGCUCCUCCAAGUUCAGGAAAGACAGCUUCCCCGCCGCCGCUCUCCGCUGCAAUUUCCGCUACUUGCUCUUCCUCCCGCUCCUCUACAUUUCAGGCCUGAUCAUGUGUGUGGGGCCCUUCUCCACCGCUAUUCUCGCUCUCGGCCGGGCUAGCGUCCCCGGCGCCGUGUACCGGAGUCAUGAGCUGUUCGAACGCCUCUGGCCGGAUAUCAUUGUCGACAAUUCAACCGCAAUUCAGGUAUUCCGAAUAUCGUUUCCUUUUUCCGGCUUUCUUAGGUCUCGUUUUUUUGCUGUUUGGCUGUCGAGAAAUGGCGAGAGAAAAGGAAAUCCCGGCCCGAUUCAACGGUAGUGUGGUCCCGUGGAGAAUGGUAAAGAACCGGAAAAAAGAAUAAAGCUCACUAAAAGAUGUAGACGUGAUGAUUGAGUGCUGGGAAAAUGAUAUCGAAGCAUCCAAAGAAUUACCUUCCGUAUGGGAGUACAAAAGGAGGUUCAAGGUGCAGAGACCUUGCCCAAAUUCUAGUAUCCAGGCGACGAAGCGUCGUUAUGCUUGGGCUGGAGAGUCAUCCGGCUCGUCCGGCUACUUGAUUGUUAAUGCAAAUGGCGGCCUUAAUCAGCAGCGCUCUGCGAUCUGCAACGCAGUUGCUGUCGCUGGACUUCUAAAUGCAGUAUUAGUCAUCCCACAAUUCGAUUUCAAUCAUGUCUGGAAGGAUCCGAGCGAGUUUGGGGACAUAUAUGAUCCGGAUCACUUCAUAUCCGUACUUGAGAAACAUGUGAAAGUGGUGAAAGCAUUACCCGAUGAAGUGAUGAGGAAAUAUGACUAUAACAUGACUAGUAUCCAUACAAUUCGAGUUCCUCCUUGGGCUCCGGCUAAUUAUUACAUGGGACAAAUCUAUCCUGUCCUAAGAGAGCACGGGGUUUUGCGUUUUGCACCAUUUGCCAAUCGAUUGGCUAUGAGUGUCCCGGCACAUAUUCAGUUGCUUAGAUGCAUAACAAAUUACAAAGCAUUGAGAUAUGCUUCGCCCGUGUCAACGCUAGCGGAGAAGUUGGUAAAUCGAAUGGUUGAGAAGAGCACAAGAAAUGGUGGGAAAUAUGUUUCUGUCCACCUCCGCUUUGAGGAGGAUAUGGUUUCAUUUUCGUGCUGCAUUUACGAUGGUGGAGCGGCUGAAAAGUACGAAUUGGCUUCAUUUCGAGAGGCAGAGUGGAAAGAGAAGUUUAAAAGAAAAGAUCGCGAGGUUAAUCCUGGCCUUAACCGCAUAGAUGGAAAAUGUCCUCUGACCCCAUUAGAGGUAGGUUUGUUGCUGCGUGGUAUGGGAUUUGAUAACUCAACCUCUAUAUACAUAGCAUCAGGCAAGAUUUACCAAGCAGAAAGACAUUUGAAACCGUUGUUGAAAAUGUUUCCCCUUCUUUAUUUCAAGGAAACUCUUGCAACAGCAGAGGAGCUUGCACCGUUCAAGGGCUAUUCGUCAAGAUUGGCAGCUUUGGACUACACUGUGUGCCUGUAUAGUGAGGUUUUCGUUACAACUCAGGGUGGAAACUUCCCUCAUUUUUUGAUGGGCCAUAGAAGAUUUCUCUUCAAUGGACAUGCCAAGACUAUCAAACCUGAUAAACGCAAGCUUGUUGUUUUGCUUCAGGAGAAGACAAUCAGGUACACUCCACUCUCCAUGUUACUUAUUGAUGUCGGAGAGCAUGGAAAGCAGCUCUGUGGAACUGCACAGUGCGAUGCUGUUAAUGAUGGCUUGAUACUCUGUACAUGUAUAUGCUUGAAUUGAAAUUUGCAGCUGGAAGGGGUUCAAGGAUGAGAUGCAAGUAAUGCUGGCGGAGAGUGAUCGCAAGGGAUUGAUGGUCCCUAGAGUGAAAAAGAUCAACAGAAAAACUUCCAUCUACAUGUACCCAUUGCCAGAAUGCAGUUGCCUCCAGGCCCAGAAUUCUUCUCACAGAUUAUCGAACCAUCAAGGCUCAGAUUUACUAGCUUCUCAGGACAAGUCGACAAGAUGACAGCGAGGAAAACCUUCUUCACCGGUCGACUCUCUUGCAUGUACAGUCACCUUUCUCGGUUGUGGACGGAGGAUGAAGGAAUCCAAUUUUGGUAACAUAGGAUUUCAUGGAUGGAAGUCAAUUGGACUGCUGGUUGGAAAGAGUGUUGUUUCCUAUCGAGGUCUUUUCUUUGUAUCUACAUUUGCAGUUGCCAGCAGGCUUGAGUUUGUCUAUUGUUCUGACUUCUGAGAGUAACACAUGUUGGAUAUUGGUUAUAGGGAGUGCGAGUGAAUAGAGAAUAUACAGAUGGUUGGCCACAGAGGUGAGGGUCCGUAAGUAGAGUUAAACCACUAAUAUGUCAUGCUAGCACAAUGUUCAUGCUACGCUAUGUAAUAUACCUCGAGUUAUUGAAAAAACGUUACCAUAUAACCUCGAUAGGAAACAACACUCUUUCCUGUUGGAUAGGGGUGGAACUUGGUUAGUU